CUGUCGGAGAAUGGUCAUCCGAAUUUUGAUGUCUCCGUGAAACCUGAUGCAUUCACAAAUGGGGUACUAACUUAUGAUUUAGAGGAGCACAAUCGUGUUAAUAUCUACCUUUAUCGCUCGAAAUCCCGUAUGCGAGGCCAAAGAGCUGGUCCUAAGGGACGUAAAUGUUGUAAGAUUUUUGAGAAGUAUUCAGAAGAUGUCCCUCGUGACAAAGCAAAUGAAAUUUCUCAUGUGAACGGUGAUAAUAUCCCAUCCUCCCUAGCAAGAACUCGCUUGUCGGGACAGACUAGCGACAUUCAGACAAUAACUCAACCAGAGAUAGGUCAGUCUUCUAAAGCUAAGGGGCCUCGUGCUAUUGGGAGAAAAAGGUUAAAUCCACAGCGGGUCGGGGCUGAAAGAACCGAUCUUCUUAGGAGUCGGCAGUUCUAUCACUCUAAAACAUUGCAGCCAAUGACUCUGGAAGAAGUACUGUCUGAUGCGGACAGCGAUAAUGAAGAUGAUCAAGAAUUUAAAGAUUUUCAAGAACGCAUGAAGAUUGAUCGGUUGGUGGAUGCCAGCGAUGAGGAGAAGAGAUUUAUGUGGCUUUGGAACACAUUCAUUAGAAAGCAAAGGGUGUACGCGGAUAAACAUGUUCCUUGGGCAUGUGAAGAGUUCGUAAAAGUUCAUGCGAAAGAGCUGAUCACUCCUAAACUUCUCUGGCAAUGGAGAAUGUUCGCAAUUGAUACGCUGUGUUUAAAAUACGGUCUGAUAUGCGCCAAGACCAUGGACAAAUGCAGUAUCAUCCUGCAGAAGACACAGGAAGCAGAAGAAGCACCAGAAGAAGCGGCGGCAGCAGCAGAAGUGGCGGCAGCGGCAGAAGCGGAGGCAGCAGUGGCGGCAGCAGUGGCAGCAGCAGCAGCGGCAAAAGUGGCAGCAGAUGCAGCGGCAGCAAAAGCAUCCGCCGCUCAAGGCACAAGAAAAAGCGCCAGAACGCAAAAGAAGAAGACGCAAGAAGCAGCAUCCUCCUCGAAAGCUAAUGCUAAUGGCAACGAGCCACAGCCUAUGGAACUUGAUGAAGAAGAACAUUAGCCAUGGUGAGUGUCAGAGGAUCUUCAUUUCUGAACUGAGAGAUCAUAACUGUUUUAAAACUCCCGUACUCGGAUACCA